AUGGUGUUUCUCCACCUAUUCGUUGUCAACAGGUCAGGGGGAUUAAUCCAUCACCGGCAUUUGUCGAACAAGGCACCAAAGAUUGGGACAAAUGAAUGGCUUCGAAUCGGGUCGACUUUCCAUUCGUUGCAUGCUAUCGCAGCUGAGGCAUCGCCAGUUCGCUUGCCCGGGGGCAAAAAUUCGAAUGAUGGAAUUGAAGAAAUGGUGACGGGUGGUAUGGUGCUUCGCAGUUUCCAGACAAGGACAGGAAUUAAGUUUGUGCUGACUGCCGAGCCUCAAACACCAGAUCUUGGCCAGGUACUUAAAGAAAUUUACGUACUGUAUACGGAGUGUGUAUUGAAGGAUCCAUUCUACGAGCUUGAAAUGCCAAUACGCAGCGAAUUGUUUGUGCACGCGGUGGAUGCAUUGGUUGAACGGGUACAAAAUGCGGUGUCUAUCUCGCCAACGAAGCACCGAUAG